AUGCUACGAAACAAAAAUGGCUACCUGCCAGAAGUGUCAGCAGUGACGGCAGUCUGGCAAUCUACGAAAAUGGUCGAGUUUCGGGGGGGAACCCCUGCAAGAGGUUGCGUCGAGGAUGUAACGGAGGCGGAGGUUGAGCUGGAUCCAGGGGAAUCGGAACAAGAAGAAGACCUGAAUUCUGAGGGUCUGACCACUUGUACCAACAACUUGUUCGCACUAAUCACAUACUGGUACCAACAAAUCGUUAGUACCAAGAAUUGA